UUUCAAGGAACAGCGCUUCGGAGAGGCUGAGCUUCUGAAAAAAAAAAAAAAAAAAAAAGAGGAGGAGGAGGAAGAGAAGGGGGGCGCGCGCCACUUUCGCCUUUUGGGGAAGAAAGUGCCCGGGUUUCGAAACCUCCCGGCUCCGGAGAGGCCCGACGAGUCCGCCUGAAGCCUUGCCGCGCGCAAAAGCCAGCCAGCUCCGCCAUCAUGGAAGUGCAGAAAGAAGCGCAGCGUAUUAUGACGAUGUCCGUGUGGAAAAUGUACCACUCGCGGAUGCAACGCGGCGGCCUCCGGCUUCACCGCAGCCUACAGCUGUCCCUCGUUAUGCGGAACGCCCGCGACCUCUACCUCUCCGCCAAGCUGGAGGAAGAGGACGAGAUGAGCGCUGGAAGUGGGGAGGACUUUCCCGGGCGGCAGCCGCAACUGGACGUACAGGAGGAGGCGCCCGCCCCGCAACAUCUGGAGGCGCCCCCGGCAACCCCCUUCCCCCAAGCCCAGCAGGAGGGGCCUCCCCCCAGCCCGCAGUCUGUGGAGGCUCAGCAGGCCUCUGCCAAUCUCGACCCGGAACCCAUGGAGACGCAGGAAGAGCUCAGCGGCGGCGGCAGUAGCAGCAGCUUGCCCACGCAGUCCUUGCUUCAGACUGCGUGGAGCCGGGGCGCCUCUGGGCCUCCGCCGAGCGCCGCCAAGCCUAGCCGCAAGCGCCGCAGCAGCAGCUUAGGCAAGAUCGGCGCCGCCGAAGCCGGCCUGGUGCCCAGCAAGAAAGCGAAGCUGGUGGAAGAGGAAGGCGAACGGCAGCCGCAGCGCCAAGAGGGGCCUUUCCCGAGCUUAGCUCGAGUCCUGCAGGACCGGUUCUCCGGCUUGAUCCUCCAGCCUCCGCCGGCCAAAGGCGCCGACGAGCCCAAAGCGAGCUGCAGGCAAGGCGACGGCGUGCUGAGCAUAAUGGUGAGGGCUGUGGUGGCUUUCUAAAGCGCCCCCGCCAGGGACUCGUAGCUGGAAACUUCUCUCCGGAGAAGCGGAGCCUGCGGAAGCCCCUCUCUCGGUAGAGGAGCUGAACAUCGCCUCCCACCCGGCGCGUCGGCCCCCUCUCCUUGGUGGCGGGGCCUUGGCGGUUAGGAAGACGCACAGCGGGAGGCUGAUGAUGGACUGGGGGGCGGGCGAGCGGGGGGGGGCAGCACGAGUGGGUCCCUCCUCCAUCCUCCCCUCCGGGUUUAGGCGAGAGACGCUCUGGUGGCUUGGGAAGAAGGCGAGACAAAAGGCUGUGGGAGAGACGGUCGCCGAAGGAGGACACCCCAACCCGGGCAGUGAGCCUGGAACGCGGCUGUUGUUCGCCAAAACGAGAGAUUGGACGCACCAGCGAGAACGUCGGUGUUCUUGGACGAGAUAAUAUAACUUUGGGGGUGGGGGGAAGACAUACAAUCUCCUGGGAAAGGGGAUAGACUUGCAACCAGUCAGGCUUUUAAAAUCCGGAUUCGGGUGGAAAGCAACCACUAUCUGUACUGGGUGCACAAUUAUUAUUAUUUUGGUGCUAUUCAAUAACAGUGACGUGUUCAUCCUGCCUUUCCUUAACUCAAGCUGUUGCCACUUCUGGGUUGAUAUUUUUGUUUUAAUUUGCCCUCUCUUUCUGAAUGGGAUUAGAAAGGAUUUAAGGUUUGUUAGGCAGCUGGGGCAGCUCCCCUGAAGGGUUAAAAAGAGUCCUGCAGAGAGCUGUUGAAGAAAAGCAGCUUUUGUCAGUCCCACUCAUUAGAUUGUGUGUGUGUGGGGGGGGGGGAGAUUCUACCCAGCAUUCUUUUCCUCAGGGCCACCCCUUUUUUCUUACCUAGUAAUUAAGGAUGAUGAAGUGGCCUUCUCUUUGUGCCAGAGAAGAUCUGAAAACCAGAUUAGUCUUGCCAAUGUGUGUAUGGUGAGAGCAGGAACAGAAGGAAGGGAGGAAAAACCGGACCAGUCAUACUAGUUAUGACACAUCUCUCAUAUGACUAGCAUUUGCAUUACACUGGGUCCAGGAGUGCAGGGGAUUUCCUGCUCAUGUUGCCUUAGCUGUGUGUGUGUGUAUGUGUGGUUUUUUUUAGGUGUGGGUGGAGUCCUGAAUGACUGGAAGGUGGGGGAGAGGAAGAUGAGUGGUUUUUUUCUUUAAGAUAUUCACCUUAAAGGCUUGCUGGUGGUUUUCCUAGAUGACUGAAGCUGUUGAUACACAUUGCACAGUGAUGAGGCAUAAUGUGGAUGUAAAAACAGAACACGUCUUUUUCCUCUUUCUAUUCCACAUUCAGCUUGGAUACUUUUUUUCACCCAACUAAGGGGAAUGUGAGCAAUGAAACCUGUAUUCUAAUUCUUUAAAUUGGUAUGUGUUCUGCAAUGUCUUGUUUCUAAAAACAGUAAAUGGAGUCAUUUUAUGGGAUUCCUUAACACCAUUUUUGCCUUUUGUUCAUGAAGUGUUUCUUCUGCUUGGUCUCAAAUGUGUGAAACAGUUCUUAUCCUGGAUUUACCUGGUGUGUCAUCUCAGUGCUUCUAAAGUGUGUGUUUGAUACAACUUCUAGCUUUAGGAUUGGAAACAAUGGGAAUAUGUUCCUAAAAUUCUAGCUUUUAAAACUGGCAAUAGAUUGGUCACUGUCACGGUACUUUGUAAUGCUAACUGUAUGUAAUUUGCAUUUAUCUUCGGUUGCCUUGAAGAGGGCAAAAAUACAGGCUUGUUUGUUUCUGUUUCUUACCCUCAUGGUGUUAAUAUUUUUGGUCAGUGAAAUAAAGACCAUCUGAUUUUUUUA